CAGCCUUUCGUUCUUCCAUUGGCUGGCACGCCUGUCUGUCAGUGGCGGCCCGGCCUGGCCCUGCUCGCGCGGCCACCGCCCUGAGCGAGGCGCUGCUCCAACCCACCUCAGCCCUGAGGUCAUAUUGAACAUGGACAGUGAGGAAAUUCCAACCUUCUCAAGUCCAAAAGAGGAAACUGCCUAUUGGAAAGAGCUUUCCUUGAAGUACAAACAAAGCUUCCAGGAAGCUCGUGAAGAGCUGGCUGAAUUUCAGGAGGGAAGCAGAGAACUAGAAGCUGAGUUGGAAGCACAGCUGGUGCAGGCUGAGCAGAGGAAUAGAGAUUUACAAGCAGAUAACCAAAGGCUGAAAUAUGAAGUGGAAACAUUAAAGGAGAAACUGGAGCACCAGUAUGCACAAAGCUACAAGCAGGUGUCAUUGUUAGAGGAUGACCUGAGCCAGACACGGGCCAUUAAAGAUCAGCUUCAUAAGUAUGUCAGGGAGCUGGAGCAGGCCAACGAUGACUUGGAACGUGCAAAGAGGGCAACAAUAGUUUCGUUGGAAGACUUUGAACAAAGGCUGAACCAGGCUAUUGAGAGAAAUGCAUUCUUGGAAAGUGAACUGGAUGACAAGGAAUCAUUGCUAGUUUCUGUACAGAGAUUAAAGGAUGAAGCCAGAGACCUGCGGCAGGAGCUGGCAGUACGGGAAAGGCAGCAGGAAGUCACCCGCAAGUCUGCGCCGAGCUCUCCAACUCUAGACUGUGAAAAGAUGGAUUCAGCUGUCCAGGCUUCUCUCUCCUUGCCAGCUACACCUGUUGGAAAAGGAUCUGAAAAUAGUUUUCCUUCCCCAAAAGCUAUACCAAAUGGAUUUGGUACAAGCCCUCUUACUCCUUCAGCUAGAAUAUCUGCACUCAACAUCGUGGGAGAUCUCUUACGGAAAGUGGGGGCCUUAGAAUCCAAAUUAGCUGCUUGCAGGAAUUUUGCAAAGGACCAGGCAUCACGGAAAUCCUACAUUUCAGGGAAUGCUAACAGCAGCAUGAUGAACAGCAAUGGCACCAAGUACCCUCAUCCAGGGCAUACUUCUUUCUUUGACAAAGGCCCCUGUACUCUCUUCCCUGCCCCAAACUGUCGCUGGAGCCUGAAACAGCCACAGCUCAUAGACCCGGUCCAAUCUGCAGCCGCUGCCUUAUGAACAGCCAGUUGUUGGGUGGUGGGAUUGUGCCAGAGGGCAGUAAACGGCUUUGACCAAGGGACUGCAGGACUGGGAGCCUCCAGACCUUCCUCAGCACCGGGCAUGCUCCCCCUGAGCGUAUGAGUCAGCGCCAGCUUGUGCUUGGACUUACGGACGCUUUUCUCGGCCCAGCAAGAGAAGUGCUUUGGUUUCCUCCCCCUCCCUGCCCCGUGGGAACAGGACCUGCACCAUGGGGUGCAGCAGUGCCCGUGCUGCUAGAGGAGAGCCCGUGCUUGCAGCCUUUCAUGUCCUGUUACUAGAGUAUAAACUGUAGUGGGUGUGCUCUGUGGCCCCAUACCAUGUGUGCUGCACAAGCUGACACAUAGUGCUCUGUUCCAGGGGAUGCAGAACCUCAGCCAGGUGCUGCUUGACCUGUCACUGCAUCUCUUCUCUCAGUUAGGUUUGGCGUGACAAAAACAUUUGUGGCUUUUCUUGAAGGCUACAGCUCUGCCUGCCUCUUCUCACAUCCUGAUGUUUAAGCCAACCAGCUGCUGUCCUCCCCAUGGGGCUUUAACCUCUCGAGACACACAGGGUGAGGCUGGGAGCAGGAGUGGGUGCUGGGGUGUGAGUUAAUGCAGCACAGAGAUCACUGCUAGACAGGUGAGCAGCUGGCUGUGUCCAUAAGGCCCUUCCCCAGCCCAGCAGAUGGGUGUAGAGCUGCUGCUUGGUGGGGGGGACAAGGGGGAGCCAGGGACAGGAUGGCAGCAAGUUGGGGAAGGUUCCUGUAGGCCCAGCACACAUCAGUGAGCACCAGUGCCCUCAGCAGCCCUGGGCUGAGCUUGGCUGGAGUCUCCUCCCUUGGCACAGGGCCUGCAGCAUCUGCUUCCCAUGUGCCUGAACCACCCCCCUGUCCCAGCACUCUGCCCUCCUUCUUAGUGACACUUCUGCCCCUCCAGCUCUAAACCAGACAUCAGCUCUUUAGGAAGCUGCUCAGCCCAUAGGCUGCAGUGCAGAUGAACUGCCCCAUCCCAGGACCCCGUAUCCAUUGGCCCCAUGUUCAGCUCUGUAAUAUAGGACCGGAUUUCAGUGUCACCUGCAGGCUUCUGUGACAGUUUUGGGCGACUGUGAUGUACCUUGUGGGUCUUUCAAGCGAUGCAUUUAUGUGAGUUCUCUGUGCCUCAGAGUUGGUGGGUUUUGAUGUGAACCAACACACCCCAUGGGGCUCUGAGGGAAAAAAAAAAAGCCCUUCCUUCCCAGUUUGGUCCAUCGUGUUCCAUUGGCUCUGCAGCUGUACAUUGGUUUAUUUACAAGUGCUGAGAGAAACCAUCGGUCCCAGCAGAACAGAGGUGGAGAUGUUCCCCCUUUGCUCUUAGGACCCUUAUGGUCCUCCUUUCCUGUGCAUCCUCUGCUGCAUUUGACUGUUUACAUUUGUUUUAUUGUACAUAGGUUUGUAAACAUAUUCUCUUUGCCUAAGAUCUUUGUACAUAACUUAACUUGGGCUUUGUAGCUUUAUUUAUUCAAAGUCUAUAUGGCAUGUUUCAAUAGGACAGUGUACCACCCCACCACGGUCACACGGCAUAAUGUGGUUUAAAGACAAAACAAAAAAACCCAACAAAACCUGAGAGUAAUAUUCCAGAAAUAAAGUUCUUUUCAUGUGGCACGGGUGGAUUGUGCAGGA